AUGGUGGACCAACCAGGUGAUGGACCUGCCGCUGGCGUUACUGUGGUACCGGUUACGUUUUCAUUUGAGCCGUUCAAUGCUGCCACAUCGAAAUUUGAUCGAUGGGUGGAGCGGCUGCAAGUUUCUUUUCGGAUUUAUCACGUUCAAGAUGCCGAUAAGCGCGAUUACCUUCUUCAUCAUAUGGGCGGCGCUACCUAUGACGUGCUAUGUAACAAACUGAAGAACGCCGAACCGGACACAAAAAGUUUUGAUGAGAUUGUGGCUCUGCUGAAGGAUCAUUUCCACCCCGAUCCUUUGGAAAUUCUGGAAAAUUUCAAGUUUUCAAGCCGCAAGCAGCUGGAGCACGAGUCUUUGAGUGAGUACCUAAUGGAUUUGGAGAAACUUGCUCAAACGUGCAAUUUCGAAGAUCACUUGGACAAAGCCAUACGGAAACCAGUUCGUAUUUGGCAUCCGGAAUCGUGUGAUACAGUCGCGGUUGCUGGAAGUUGGAAAUUUGACCCUGGAUAG